UCGGCUCAUCGCGGAGGGCUGCUUUUCCGCGGAGCCGCUUCACUGAUAAGGUUCCGGGCCUGGGGCGCUCCAUCUUUCCUUUAGUGCACCGCCUGAGCCGUUUAAACAUGGAAGGCGAGAGUACGUCGGCGGUACUCUCCGGCUUUGUGCUCGGCGCGCUGUCCUUCCAACACCUCAAUACGGACUCUGACACGGAAGGUUUUCUCCUUGGGGAAGUGAAAGGUGAAGCCAAAAAUAGCAUUACUGAUUCCCAAAUGGAUGAUGUUGAAGUUAUUUAUACAAUAGACAUUCAGAAAUAUAUUCCAUGUUAUCAGCUUUUUAGCUUUUACAAUUCCUCUGGUGAAUUAAAUGAGCAAGCACUGAAGAGAAUACUAUCAAGCGUCAAAAAGGAUGUGGUGGGUUGGUAUAAAUUUCGACGCCAUUCAGACCAGAUCAUGACAUUUAGAGAGAGACUACUUCACAAAAACUUACAGAAGCAUCUUUCAAGCGGGGAACUUGUUUUUCUGCUAUUAACACCAAGUGUAAUAACAGAAAGCUGCUCUACUCAUCGACUGGAGCAUGCCUUAUAUAAACCUCAGAAAGGACUUUUUCAUAGGAUACCUUUAGUGGUGGCCAACCUGGGCAUGUCUGAACAACUAGGUUAUAAAACUAUAUCGGGUUCCUGUAUGUCCACUGGUUUUAGCCGAGCAGUAAAAACACACAGCCCUGAAUUUUUUGAAGAAGAUGGAUCUUUAAAAGAAGUACACAAGAUAAAUGAAAUGUAUGCUACUUUACAAGAGGAACUAAAGAGGAUAUGUAAAAAAGUAGAACACAGUGAGGAAGCAGUAGAUAAACUACUAAAGGAUGUAAACAGAUUAAAACGAGAAAUUAAAAAAAGGAAACAAGCACAGAUUCAAGCAGCACGAGAGAAGAACAUCCAAAAAGACCCUCAGGAGAACAUUUUUCUUUGUCAAGCUUUACGGACCUUUUUUCCAGAUUGUGAAUUUCUUCAUUCAUGUGUUAUCUCCUCGAAAAACAGGCAUAUUUCGGAAAGUAGCUGUAAUACCAAUCAUCAGCUCAGUGUGGUAGACAACCUGACCCUAAUGGUAAAAUACACCGACAUUCCUGAAGCUAGCCCAGCUAGUAGUGCACAGCAAAUGUUGAAGCGCAAAGCUUUAGAAACAAAUGACAGAUGGCAAUUCAAGAAGUCACGGCUGUUAGAGAUACAAAACAAACCAUCUAAAACAGAUACUGAUAGUAGUAACCAAGAAAAAGCAUCCACAAGCAGCCCAGAAACAGAUGAGAUUGAGAAAAUGAAGGAUUCCGAUGACUAUCCACAAUCUCCUACAUUUUGACCCUUUUAUGCCAAAAGAUUUUGAUUGGCUGAAGGGUAAAACCAAAUAUUUCUAUUGUUUUUGCUAUGUACAGCUGUUUGCACUCAUACAUAAAUUUCUAGUGCAUUUAUUUUAUAAAGUAUUUUUAAAACCAAAACCUUUUUUGUCCCUUUUACUAAACUAUUGAGGGAAAGUUUAGAUAGUCUUUUAAACUUGUACAGCAUUCUUUAGAAUUGGGAAAGUUAAUAUGAAUAUUUAUUUUUUCUAAGUCAUUGCAAUUCCAACUCAUUAUGAUAAAUAGUACAUUAUGAUUAGGGUUGCCAGAUAAAAUUCUGGACAUCAUACAAUGCUAGGGACAUACUUAUAGUUAAAAAUUGUUCAUUGUUUAUCUGAAAUUCAAAUUUAAUUGUAUGUCCCAUAGUUUUACUUGCUAAAUCUGGCAGUUCUAAUUAUGCCACGACUAUAAUACAGCACAAAUAGUUUGGAUUCUAUAAAGUGAAGUACAAAAUGGUACUGUGUUUUUUACAUUUCACAGCAGCCUCUCAUUUCCAAUCUUAUUCAGUUGUCCUAACCACACCUAAUUUGACAACUAUUUUUUAAAAACUAUUUUUGUUGUCCUUCCAAAGCAUUUACUUAGUUUUUAUUGCAACAGUAACUUUCUUUUUAAUGCUCAUUUUCAUCAAUACAAUAAUAUAACUAAACACAUAUGGGAACAAAAUAGCUGCUGCUUGGAGGUGCAGACUCAACGGGUAGGAAAGUCUUGGACUUCAGCAUGAGUUUUAGGAAGAAUGUUUAAUGUAGUUUAACCCAGUUUAAUCUAAUAAGGUGGUUAAGUGAAGCUUGCAUAAGAGCUCUUUGUGUUUUUGUGUAUUUAUCUUUUUCAUAAUUGUGAAGAAUUUUCACAUGAAGCCUCCACUUUUUACUCACUGGAUGAAAUACUGAACAUACACUUUACUACUCUUCCAUCUGUUACUUCCUAAUAGAGCAAAUUUGUAGCUAGUAUAAAAAAAGUAUCAUCUUUUAUCUAUGUUAACAUGCAUUAGUUACCACAGGGUGCUUACGAAGCCCACGUAAUAUCAGGGAUGAUUUUACAAACAGUGAGUUUCUUCUGGAAUUGUCUGGCUUCAUAAGAAGCACUGUUAUGUUGGUGGAGGGCAGUGGGGGGAGAUAGGUUGUUAGUAUGAAUCACCCUAUUAAAAAGUAACUGCAAACAUCACCAGAGCAUAUAAAACAUAAUGACUAAAUGUAACCAACAAAUGAACAAACCUGGGCAUAUGGGCUAGAUUAGGAACGUUAGAGGCAACAGAUAGGCAACAUACAUGCAAAUGUCUUCUCUAGAUAAUAGCUUGAGAUUUUUCAACAAUCCUACAUAUUUACUCAGAAGUCUAAAUGUGCCUUCAUGGAAAGUUCGAUUUGCUAAAAUGCCAUAACAAAAGCAUUUAGCAUUUAGCUCAUACUGUUGCACAAUAAUACAUCUCUUUUGAAGAAAGCAAUAAUGAACUUUCAAUUAAAGGAGUUUGCUCAGGUAAUUACACAGCUGAACUUCCACAAUUGAGUUUGAUGACCCAACAUUUAGGGUAUUUAAUGAAAAAGAGGAAUAGUCCUUACAGGAAGGACUGCAGUUUUUCUCCAUCUUUUGGCAAUGACAUAAUAGAUUGCCUAUUCGUCAGUUUACUUACAGGACUCUACCACUUUCAGGAUAGACUAGACCAGGAAAAAAAUGUUAGGUCCUGUAACACCACCACUAUCUAGCCAAUGUAACAUCUUUACAAAGGGAAGAUACACCGCACUACACAGGUAUACCUGUAUUUGCUAGUUACAAAAUCUCCGUGAGCGAUUUCAGGUCCACACCCUGUCACAUUGGAAUUGUACAUUAUACAAGCAUUCAACUUUCCUGUACCCAAAUCCCUAAAAUCCCACUUAUAAGACAGAACCUGUACCUAAAGUAAAAUUCCAAUACUAGCCAUCCCUUCCACAUCUAACAUCCCAUUAUCAGCAGUCUAUUAUUUAUAGGCUAUUUGUAGACCAGAUAUAAGUGACAAUGCUACAGUACCAACUUUUUAAUUCAUGUGUAUGUAAAUGUAAUCAUUACUAACACCUCAAAUAACCUGGUUUUAUUUAAUGAAGAUUCAUUGGUGUGGAUAGGAAGUACUUCUUUACUCCUAAAUACUUUUUCCUUGUAAGAUUUCAUUAAGAGCUAAAGACAAUACAGUUUGAUAAAAUUUACUUUAGCGUACUAAUUUUUUAAAGGUUAUUAAAUCUUUGAGUCAACCAUUUAUUUUAAAAUAAUUUUAUUGAUGAUAACAUUAUAUAAUUUACUCCCGAUAUUUGAUGUUACAAACUUUAGGGUCUUUGAGGUACACAGGAUCCUUGUAUGUAACUGGCAUAAACCCUGUAAAGAGAUAAUUAAAGUUCUUUACCAAAGAAAA